AAUAACGCUAUCACUUGAUCAACUCUCCAAAUCAUGAGAUACGCCGAAGGGAAAAGCUCUGGAAUUCGGUUUCUUUUUAAUAUGUAAAAAGCCAGUAUUUCGGAGUCAUGCGUUAACUUCUCCAACUUGAGUCACGUGCACUUUUUCCCUAUGUUAAUGGUGGGCACGGAGAAUCCGUGUCUCGUCCUCUUCAUCCCAACUACAUAUCGCAUAUACUUCCUCUGAAUGCUUGUCCACCAGCCCCACUGUCGACUUCAUAAUGACAGGUAAUCCUGAAUCAUCCGUCCGGCGUGCGUGCGAGAGCUGUCGACGGAAGAAGACGAGGUGUACUGGGGAACGACCUGUGUGCUCUUUUUGUGAGAGGUUGAAUCAGCCUUGUGAAUAUUUACCCAGGAAUCGAGAGACUGUGAAGCGAAGGAGGAGGACUUCUAGAGCGAAACCGGGAUCGAGGGAUCGUGUUUCGAGUGUUGAGAAUCGGGGUGAUGAGAUAUAUGAUCUUAUUCAUCAUCCUCAAGCUGCCUCAUCGAGCAAUGGCUCAGCCUUGACUCCAGACUCCCUGCCGAGGCACACAAACAGGUCGGGAUCUUUCGUCGAAAGCGCUUCAAGACGGAUGAACAGAGUGAGCAUUAACGAUGAAGUCUCAUUAUCUUGGCUUCCUUCAGCAACAGAGGCAAGACCAUCGCCAGAUUCACUUGACCAUGCAGUAGAAGAGUACCGAAGGCGGCUAUACUUCCAGCCGCUGCCUCUCUUCAAUCCAGAAGGUCUGAGAGAUCGAAUUGAGAGAUUUCCCAUGUUUCUUCAAUGGAUCUUCUUAGCACUUGCGCUUUCAAAUCUCCCUUAUGAUUCGAGCAGUGCAAAGGAAGCAGACUUAAUCCACUCUCAUACGAGAUCAGCGCGUGAUAUGGUACUUGAACUUGCCAUGCGAGGAACAGCCCAGUUGGAAAUCUCACAAGCUCUAUGUCUCCUUGCUCUGGGUGACAUUCUCGAAGGAAGACCAGCAUUGGCUUUAAUGACAAUUGGAGCAGCCAGCAGGCUCGAACUCGUCCGCGGAGCAGGCUACUCAGAGUCUCCUCACAGCCCCCAAGGCGACGCCAGUCUCAGAUGUUACUGGAGUGUUUUCAUCCUCGAAAAGGGCUUCGCUCCUCGUUUCACCCUGCUCUCCCAAACGCACACCAAACCCGAAUAUCCUCGCAGCGCAAGAGAACCCUCACCGCCUGCAUAUUUAGGCGAUGAAGAAUAUGCGCCGGAUCUAGAAAGUAUUCGCGAUGACUUGAGGACAGACCCUGGAAUUACAUCACAUGCUGUACGCGCUGUGUCGUUCUGUGGUGAUGUUAUUUCAUACCUUCAUGCGCUGCAUAUCGGAAAGGCUGAUAACCCUGCUGAUACGAAUUCUAACUUUUACCAAUUGACGAAUACCCUGUAUGAUCUUGAGUCUAGACUCGGUCAUAUACAUUUCGUUCGCAACGUGGGCUUUUCGGAACGAACACCAGAGGAAUUCGAAAGACACCGUGAGUACUGGGCGCCAUGGCUUCUCUUCCAAAUCACAGCGCACGCGACACAAGGAUUAUUAAAUCAUCCAUUCAUCCAUCUCGUUACCCUUCGAAGAGCGAAUCGACCUUCUCAACCGAGACUGUUCCUCCAACAAACUGUCGAUCAAGCUAUGUUUCACUCAGCUUGGGUGGCGCGCUUAGUCCAAACAUGUAUAGAUCGUGGAUUAAUGGUGUAUGAUCCAUUAAUAGGCGAUUUAGUCGCUGCGACAGCGACAAUACCGUGGCUUUUCCAGUAUGCGAGGGAUGCCAAAGUCUCAGAAACUUCAAAGGAGAAUUACAGAAAAUGCAUCGAGUUUCUAGAGUCGAUGCCUGAUCCUUCACCGAGAAGUAUACACAAGCGAGAACUUUUACACCAAUUACAAACAAUGUCGAGUCAAGCCCAGGAUAACAACAUGAUUAGUUUUCAGCCUUCCAAGAUCUGGCAACUCAUCGACUCUGAUAUCAUGGACGCUGUAGCACCGCAGCCUACGGUUGAUGGUACGCAGGGCGGUCAAUCUGAUGCUUCAAAGACAACCGUUAGUGUGCAAACGACUUUUGUUCACCCUGUUGGUGAAAGACGAACGGAUCAACGACAGACUUCGCUGGGCGAUUCGAUGACUGCUGAUAUUUAUGAAGGGUUGGAGCAGUAUUCUCUUGAUAGUAUAUUCUCGCAGCCUAUGUUUAUCGACCAUGCAUGGCUGCAUGUAUAAAGAAUAUUAGAUAAUUAAAUGAUAAAGGAUCAUCUAUGCAUCUCACUAGAACUGUCUUCUUUGGCCUAUGAUGCCCAUCUCUGCACAAAUUCAUCCUUCUUCACACUCUUCGCCAACGCCUUCUUGGCAACAACACCAUCCAACUUCUCCUUAACCUUGUCCACCUCUUGGCUUAACACAUCAAUUGACCCUUCAAACUCCGGAUCAACCAUUUUAAUCUCCCCAAACGGACUCUCAGCCAAUACACUAUCGCGCAAAAGCUGAAUCGCCAAUCUAGCAUCGUCCAACCUAGAAGUAACGCUCGUCUCAAAGCUAUCCUGUGCAUUGCGCACCACAUCUGUAGUUUUGCCAGAUCUUUCGGUGAACGCUUUGUUCAAAGCGGAUACUUGGUCUUGGAUGGAAGCUUCUUCUGCGUCUGGUAGUGAAAGCGCCAAGUCACGGAGAAGAGCUUCGAUUGCAGGUUCGUCGAGAAUGCCGGAUGAGCGACGUCGGUUAUUGUUGCCGCGACGGGCACCGUCUGUGUUGGCGCGCAUACGAAUUGGUGAGGGGUUCCGAAUGGGAGAUGCUGGCAUAGCGGCUCUGAUAGAUUUCUUCUUUUCGGGGGAUAGCGAGGCAGAUACUUCUGCUUUGGCUGUGGCGAUGAUGGAAGAUGCUGCUGCGUUGUUGGAUUUGAGAGUUUCGACACGGUCGGUCAGGAGUGUUAUUCUUUCUACGAGAUAGUCGAGACACUCGUUGACCUA